AUGUACAAUGUAUACAUGUUCCUUAAUCCAAGGAAUUUUAUUUUUGGGACUUCCCUAAGAUUCAACUCUACUAAUGUUUCGCAAAUAAGGUUUUUAAAUAAAAGACUUAUCGCAAAGCCGUUUUCUACACUUUCAGACCAAUGUUCGACAGAUUUGGAUCGAAUUAGGUCAAACCUCUCCUCACUUCAUGACGACUUAACAUUCCUGGCCUCUUCAACCAUAAAAUCUGGUUGCCAGAACCUGGAACUUAAGUACAAGGAUCCCUCGAAUUUAUCCCUGAACUCGAGGUUGUCUUCCAUGACCAAAUGCGGCUCCGAGAUAGAGAAGGUUGUAUAUAAUAUACUGGAUAACAGAGUUCGAUACAACAUGGCAAGGAGUAGAAAGGUGGCUAAGGAUUCCAACUACAAGUUUGGGAUUCUGGGUGUAUCACUUAUUUGUGUUUUUGGCUCACUUUCUAUUUCUCUGCACCCUUUAUUUCUCCUUGGUUGUGGGAUCGGAGCUUACUUUUACAGGGUCGUUUACAGACAGUCUAGACUACGUAAAGUGACUAAUGACAAUCUAGAAACCUUAAUAAGUGAGAAUCGCCUGAAUAAGCAGAAACUGUCAUUUUUGAUAAAAUUAAUGCUAUACCAGCUUGGAAAUUUGGAGAAGGACUUGACACUAUCAUCUCCUUCCAGCCCUGGACCUUGAAAAAUACACUGUGGCUGCACAGAAUGACACUGACAGGAAUACAAAGGGGUGUUCCACUAUCAUAUUCUUGACUUUAUCUUUAAGGAUUCUUCCGUUUAAAAUAAAUUUCUCAAACAUGUC